CAGCAGCAGCAGCAGCAGUUGCUGCAGCUCCAGCAGCUGCUCCAGCAGCCGCCCCCGCAGGCCCCCCUGCCCAUGGCCAUGAGCAGGGGGCUCCCCCAGCAGCAGCCACAGCAGCAGCUUCUGAACCUCCAGGGCACCAACGCGGCCUCCCUCCUCAACAGCUCUGUGCUGCUGCAGCGAGCUUUGCUUCUGCAGCAGUUGCAAGGACUGGACCAGUUUGCAAUGUCACCAGCCACGUAUGACAGUACCGGUCUCACCAUGCCCACAGCAACACUGGGUAACCUUCGCAGCUACAACCUGGCCACCCCGAACCUGACAGCCCCCAGCCUCACACCCCCCCAGAUGGCCACCCCAAAUCUACAGCAGUAUUUUCCCCAGGCCACUCAGCAGUCCCUGCUGGGCCCCCCUCCUGUCAGGGUCCCCAUAAACCCCUCCAAGCUCAUCCUUGCAGGGCGGAACCCCCAGAAACAGGCCCGGACCACCCCUGAUCGCAAGGACUCUUCUUCUCAGACGAUGCCCGUGGGAGACGAGGCAGACCCCCCAGAGGGGUCUGAGGAAGCUGUGGAGCCCCGAACGGACACACCAGACCAAGAUUCCCCUCCCUGCCCAGAUGAUGUCACUAAGGAGACUUGCACUUCGGCACCUGAGCCAGAGUCCUGUGAAGCGUCUGGGCCACCAGCUAAAAGGUCAAAGAGCUCAGAGAAGCCCACAGAAAAGGGACCCCCAGGGCAGCUGCAGGCGAAGGUCCAGCCACAGGCCCGGAUGACAGCGCCGAAGCAGACGCAGACACCUGAGCUGCUGCCCGAUCCACUGGAAGCCCGAGUGCUGCCACGAUCCCAGCCACGGGUUCUGCAGAUCCAGGCCCAGGUGCAGCCGCCGCUGCAGAAGCAGGCACAGACACAGACCUCCCCAGAGCACUUAAUGCCGCAGCAGGCCCAGCCGGAGGCAGAGCCGCAGACGCAGGUGCAGCCACAGGCACAGGUGCGGCCCCCAAGGCAGGUGCAGCCACCGCUGCAGAAGCAGGCACAGACCCAGACAUGUCCACAGGUCCAGGCAGGAACACAGCCGAGGGCCCAGCCAGUGGAGCAGCCACCAGAGCAACCUCCAGUGCAGUUGCCAGUGCAGCCACCGGACCAGACCCAGGGGCAGCCUGCGACGCAGCCACAGGUGCCAGUAUCAGAGCAAGCACCAGUUCCGGCUGAUUCCCCACUGCAGGAGGCACCGCCCAGUGCAGUAGAAGCUGAAGCAGGCCUGGAGGAGGCCUCCCCGGAGCCGGCGGCGGCCCAGGUCAGCAUGGAGGCGAGCCAGGAGGAGCUGACCGGUGGCCUGGAUGUGGGAGAAUGUGAGAAAAGAGCAAGAGAGAUGCUCAGGGUGUGGGGUGCCGGGGGCUCCCUGAAGGUCACCAUCCUGCAGAGCAGUGACAGCCGGGCCUUUAGCACCGUAUCCCUCGCACCCGGGCCACGUUCCAGCGACUCGGCCUCCGCCACCCCUGCCGCCGCCACCAGCGUGCCCUCCAAGCAGGCGCUCCAGUUCUUCUGCUACAUCUGCAGGGCCGGCUGCUGCAGCCAGCAGGAAUUCCAGGACCACAUGUUGGGGGCCCAGCACCAGCAGCGGCUCGGGGAGAUCCAGCACAUGAGCCAAGCCUGCCUCCUGUCCCUGCUGCCCGUGCCCCGGGAUGUCCUGGAGAGAGAGGACGAGGAGCCGCCUCUGAGGCGCUGGUGCAACACCUGCCGGGUCUACUACGUGGGGGACCUGAUCCAGCACCGCAGGACGCAGGACCACAAGAUCGCCAAACAGUCCCUGCGACCUUUCUGCACCGUUUGCAACCGCUACUUCAGGACCCCCCGCAAGUUUGUGGAGCACGUGAAGUCCCAGGGGCACAAGGACAAAGCCAAGGAGAUGAAGAUGUUCGAGAAGGAGAUAGCUGGCCAAGAUGAGGACCACUUCAUCACGGUGGAUGCCGUGGGCUGCUUUGAGGACGAUGAAGACGAGGAGGAGGAGGAUAAUGAGGAAGAGAUGGAGGUUGAGGAGGAACUCUGCAAGCAGGUGAGGUCCAGAGGGAUAGCCAUAGAGGAGUGGAAAGACCCAGAGACCCACAGCCCCAACACUGCACAUGGUGUGGACUUCAUGGUGCCGGUGAUGGGCUAUGUCUGCCGCAUCUGCCAGAAGUUCUACCAUGGCAACUCGGGGGCAAAGCUCUCCCACUGCAAGUCCUCGGGCCACUUGGAGAACCUGCAGAAAUACAAGAAGGCCCAGGACCCCAGCCCUGCCCCCAGGCCCGUGAGCCGCCGGUGUGCCAUCACUGCCCGCAACGCCCUGACUGCUCUGUUCACCUCCAGCGGCCGCUCACACAUCCAGCCCAGCAUCCAGGACACAGCCAAACCCCCCAGCAAGGUGACGACCCAAGCUCCCCAGCCCCCACCAUUCCGGCGCUCAGCCCGCCUCAAAUCCUGAUAGGAGCUCCCCCAGCCACCUGGGGCGGGUCCGGAUCUGUGCUUCCUGGGGGUCUGCAUGGAAACUUGACAUGGUUGGUGUUUUUACCCAGAAAUCCAAUAAAAGGUAGCUUGGUUGUCUAGUC